GACAGAGCUCGGGCCCGGUCCGGCUCCAUAUGCCCCGAAUCGCCCCAUCUCGCUCCAUGUGGGGCCGCUCCUUGUCCACAUCCUCCUCAUCCUUCUACUAUGGCCCGGAAAACAGUUAGCAGGAAGCGGAAGGCGGCGGCUGCCGCCGCGGGGACCGGGGGACUCCAGGGGGAGCAGUACGGUUGGGAUCACUCGGUGCACAAAAGGAAAAGGCUCCCGCCGGUGAAAAGGUCUCUGGUGUACUACGUGAAGGGGAGAGAGGUCCGGAUGCAGAAUGAGUCCAGCUACCACCGCUUGUUGCAUGGAUACGCAGCCCAGCAGCUUCCCAGCCUCCUGAAGGAGAGGGAAUUUCACCUCGGAACACUCAAUAAAGUGUUUGCCUCCCAGUGGCUAAACCACCGACAAGUGGUGUGUGGGACAAAAUGCAACACGUUAUUUGUAGUAGAUGUCCAGACUGGUCAAAUUACCAAGAUUCCUAUCCUGAAGGAUCGUGAACCUGGCAUGGUGAACCAGCAGGGAUGUGGCAUUCAUGCCAUUGAGAUCAACCCCUCGAGGACCCUCCUGGCCACAGGUGGAGACAACCCCAACAGUCUUGCAAUUUAUCGCCUGCCUACACUUGAUCCUGUCUGUGUGGGAGAUGAUGGACACAAGGAUUGGAUAUUUUCAAUUGCGUGGAUCAGUGAUACUAUGGCUGUUUCUGGUUCCCGGGAUGGUUCGAUGGGUCUCUGGGAAGUCACAGAGGAUGUGUUGUCCAAAAGUGAUGCCAGACAUAAUCUCUCUCAAGUUCCUGUCUAUGCCCACAUAACACACAGUGCUCUGAAGGAUAUUCCCAAGGAGAACACCAAUCCUGAUAAUUGCAAAGUCCGAGCAUUGGCUUUCAACAAUAAGAACAAGGAGCUGGGAGCUGUGUCCCUGGAUGGAUAUUUUCAUCUUUGGAAAGCAGAGCACACUCUAUCAAAGUUACUUUCCACGAAGUUGCCAUACUGCAGGGAGAAUGUGUGUUUGGCGUAUGGUCAGGAGUGGUCAGUGUAUGCUGUAGGAUCGCAGGCACAUGUCUCCUUUCUGGAUCCGAGGCAGCCUUCUCACAAUGUUAAAUCCGUCUGUUCCAAAGAACGAGGCAGUGGUAUCCGCUCAGUGAGCUUCUAUGAGCAUAUCAUCACUGUGGGAACAGGGCAAGGGUCCUUGUUGUUUUAUGAUAUCAAAGCCCAGAGGUUCCUGGAAGAAAAGCCCUCCCGUGCCUGCUAUGGACAGAAGCAGAAAUUAGGAGGAAGUGAAAUUUUGAAAUUGACAACUGGGAAAGGCUGGCUGAACCACGAUGAAACCUGGAGGAAUUAUUUUUCUGAUAUAAAUUACUUCCCAAAUGCUGUUUACACCCACUGCUACGACUCGUCUGGAACGAAACUCUUUGUGGCAGGAGGCCCUCUUCCAUCAGGACUUCAUGGGAAUUAUGCUGGUCUCUGGAGCUAAUGAUAACUCUUCAUUCUGAUGCUGAUCUUUACACAGAUUUCCACUUUUCCUUUUUUAACAAAAGAAUUGUGUGAUGCCAUUGAUUCCUGGUUUAAAUGCAAGUUAUUUUUUGGCAGAGUUUUCUGUUGGUCUUCAACAGUUUUAUACAUCUUUUUGAACUAGUUUUUUGAUUUAACUUCCUUGAUCCUUUAUCUGGAGGGGUUUUGAAGUCCUUUUCUAUUGUUUUUACUCCAAGUGAUUCUUCCCUCCAUUAAGGCUGUCUUGGCCAUAUGCCCCCUCCUCUACUUUUCUGUAAGGUAGAAUUUCUUUCUUAUAGAGUGGUUGCUCCUGAACUUUCUGUGAAAGUCUUGGGGCUGCAUGUGUGCAGGUACUUUGUGUCAGUUACAUUACCUGGAGCGAGGACUACUUGUAAUUAAAAAUGAUUAAAAAUAUUUAUAAGAUAUAAGCUACUACUUUAUCUGCAGAGCCUGGCCCUGGCCUGGGUUGAUGGUAUUUUUUAAAAGUACAAGUCUAAUGACACUGUUUAUACGUAGAGGGAUAUGGUAAUUUUAAGCUGUACUCACUGGAGCCCAGGAACGGAUUCCGUAGGGGUAUUGCCCAUCAAAUCCAAAGUGCGAGAGUCUUUAAAAGUGCAUUUGUGUUCAAGUGGUAGUUUUCAGCAGUGCUAAGAGCAAAAAUUGAUCUGUUUCUUCACUGCCCAUCCCAGGUAUCAGCUUGCACAACUGGAGUUUGUAUAGGCUGUUCUGCAGUGUGGCUGUUGCAGAGUGACAUUACAUUGAGGACUGCAGAGGUGCUAAGAGGAAAUGGGGGGUAGUUAUUCAAAAUGAACUAAAUCUGUCUGUUCUCCAGAUGCAAUAUGGUUUCCAAGUAUGCUGUUAGGGUAGCUUAUAAGCUCUUCAUAAACUUCGUAAAACCUAGGAUCUUUUUUAUCCCAGAUUGUGGAAUUUUUUUUCCCCUUUUUGCUGUUCUGGUUGGCCAUCUGCUCAAAUGAACCAGUGGAAUAAAUAAACUAUUUUUUUUUUCUCCAA